AUGUUCCAUGGCAUGCGGACCGCUAGCAAGGCACCGGCUUAUAGCCCACUGAAUUCUGGGCUGUCUGGUGUCGACAUUGAACUUCUUGAGAAUCGGGGCCAUGUGCCGGAGCAGAGGUCCCGAAAGGAACCAGAUGUCGUCACGGGUGUGGAGUACAUCACAGAUGAGCCAGCUGAAACGGAUCUUCCUGAUGAGGGGAAGAGAUCAUGGUGGCGAAGAAACCUCUCGGGCUGGCGUGGCGGCCUUGCGGUCUGCAUCGCUCUUACUGCCAGCGUUCUUGCCAUCAACAUCGGCUUCCUGAUUUGGGCGGUAUUGCCGUCAUCAUCCGUGAAACUGGACAAGAAGAGCGGCCUAGGCGUUCUGUACCGUGGCGACAGUGACACGAUGGAUGAGCUAUCCCGUGUGAUCCACUUGGUAGUCAACGUCCUCGGAACAUUGCUGCUCGGCGCCAGCAACUAUAGCCUGCAGAUCAUGCUGGCACCGACGAGAGCUGAGGUCGAUAAUGCACAUCGAAAGAGAGAUUGGGUCGAUGUUGGUGCACAGUCGCUCCGGAAUCUGAAAUUCAUCGGGAGGGGCAGGGCGCUAGUUUGCGCGGCGCUGGCGGUGUCGUCGCUGCCUUUGCAUCUUUUGUGA